AUUCCAAGCAAAAUUUUCCGAGGAAAUGGCUCUGGAGAUCUGUGUCAAGGCUGCUGCUGGUGCUCCUGAUGUUCUUGGAGAUUGCCCAUUUUGCCAAAGAGUUCUCUUGACUUUGGAAGAGAAGAAACUUACCUACAAGAUGCACUUGAUCAAUCUCAGUGACAAGCCUCAAUGGUUUUUGGAAAUAAGCCCCGAAGGGAAGGUGCCAGUUGCGAAAAUUGAUGACAAAUGGGUGCCAGAUUCUGAUGUUAUUGUUGGGAUUUUAGAGGAGAAAUAUCCUGACCCAUCUCUUGUUACUCCUCCAGACUUUGCUUCUGUAGGUUCAAAGAUAUUCUCAUCUUUUGUCAAAUUCUUGAAGAGCAAGGAUUCCAAUGAUGAAUCUGAGCAGGCUUUGCUUGAGGAAUUGAAGGCAUUGGAUGAGCAUCUUAAGGCACAUGGUCCAUUCAUUGCUGGGGAAAAGAUCAGCGCGGUUGAUUUGAGCCUGGCACCAAAGUUGUACCACCUUGAUGUUGCUCUUGGCCAUUUUAAGAAGUGGACUGUCCCCGAAAACUUGACUCAUUUCCACAGCUACAAGAAGGCACUGUUCUCCCUCGAAUCUUUUCAGAAGACCAAGGCUUCGCCAGAACAUGUGGUUGCAGGCUGGGCACCAAAGGUCAAUGCAUGAAGUAGUUCCAAGUUAUGAAUAUAUUGAACUCUAGCUAUGAACUGUGGUUGAGAAUUAUGUAUGAGAUGUGAGACUCAGAUGAUGGAUGAUAGUGGUUUUGUUAUCUAAUAUGAUAUAAUAUAAUAUAAUAUAAACUAGUUCUGGU